GAGUAUUUCAUAUUGACAACAAAUAUGGCCGCCAUCCUGUGCUCCCGCCAUUGACUCAAGUAUCGCGAGAGACUGUGAGAUGUCGGCGCCGGCUAAAGUUGGUGAGCUGACGCCAGCUGCGCCACGGCUGCUUUAAUUAAACGUGGAAAUGUCGUGAAGACUUCCGAUGUGACGAAGAUGAGGAGGGGCCCAGAUGGAGGAUGUGGUUCUUCACCUGCACGGAGGGGCUGAAGGACUCCGUACUUGGAUCCAAAAGACAGAGAAGCUCCUUGAGCCUUUUACCUGCCGACCCCCUCCGGUCUUCACCCCCUGGUUCCCGGACGCGGCGGCAGAACGCCCCCCGCCCAUCAGACCCGCCAAACCUCCCCCCGUCCUCAGCAGCGGCUGUCACGGCCCAAGCCAAGCGCACGGUUCUGAUGGCGUCGCCGUUUCUACACCCUCAUGCCGCCCCGUCACGCCCCCACCUGAUGAAAAGCGUGUCAAACGGUCGUGGAGCGUCAUGACUUCGAGAGACUCGCUUGGGCGCCUGCCUUCGAUCUCCAAGCGCUUCCGUGGCGCCGUGUCCCUGCACGGCUUGCACCCCCGCCAGAGGUCCAAGUGGGUCAUCAGCCAGAACAACUGUGGACGGCGAGACAUGGAGCAGGUGUGGCGAGCAGUGAGCGGCGCCGUGCAGCGCCCCGGCUUGGCCACGUGCAACGCCAACAUCCAGCGUGAGCGAGCAGAGAUCUGGGUGUUCUGUGACGUGGCGUACGCCGAGCAGGUGGGCCGCCUCCUGAAGGAGCGUCUAGAGCUGUCGGGCUCCAUCGGCCUGGUCGUCCACAAGCUGGGAAGCGUCUUCAGCUUGUAGCGCCACCGUUGGCGACUCGGCGACGCCUCAAGCUAAAGCCAAAACGUACUCCAAGAAAUGAAAUAGAAGUCGGCAGUCUCAUUUUAUUGUGAAAAUCCUGCAUUCGGAUUGACUUUCAUGCACUGAAAGUACGUGCUCGUGGAUCAUGUGACGUAAAUAUAACGCUAUGCGUUGGUGUGGGUGAACGCCAGACGUUUGUUGGAGAAAAAGCUGCAGCGGCGUCACGUGACUGUGAUGCAUGAAUGGGGGCAGCCUGUCUCCACCCCCCUCCUUUGUUGCCAUGCGGCCGCUUGACGGUGCUGCCUGAAAUCUAGGUUAGCGGAUGUGACGUCGCGGCACAUCAUCCGCUAACCCCGAUCGGAGGGGCGCCGUUUUAUUUUGAAAGUCUCUUCACAAACUCCGUGUUUUGUACUACCGUUUAAACACACGCGCUUACACUCAUGCGCGUGUGUAUGAUUAGUGUACAUAAAUAUUACAUAUGUAUUAAAGCGAUUCGUAACCCA